UCCUCCACUUGGAGACCUUGUGCGCUCCCUCCCUCCCUCUCUCUCCUUCUCUCUCUCUUCUCUUGUCUCCUGCUGUUGCGUCUACAAGCGCUGUCGUGACUGUAGCAGAGGAGAGGACAAACAGAGAGGAUCUGAGUCAGAAUCCAAAAAAACACAAAAAGGAGAACAGAAACUCUGACUUGUCCUCCCUCUCUCUCAGUGUGUGUGUGUGUGUGCUCUACUCUGAUUGUGCUCUGCGGGACCUGUCAUUGAAGACAGGAGGCGCCUUGACAGCGAACGAGAGGCCGGAGACAACCUGACAGACGGCGCAAAGGUGGAGAGGAAGAGGGAGGGAAGAUGAGAAAGUGACGGGCUGGAUGGUUGCUUUUGAACGGCGGUAGAAGAAGCGACAGCGACCCAGUGAGCGCGCGUGCCAUCAUCCUACAGGCCCCAGUUCUGAUUGGAUGGUUUUGUCAGAAUGACAGCCGAAGACCCUGCUUCCUCCUCGAACAUGAGUAAUAACGCUGCCCCCUCCAAACCCUCUGGUGCCGCCCACCACUCUCUUCAUGGACAGAUCAGCAUCCCCGAGGGAGUGGCAGGUGCUCCCAACGAGGCUGCACUGGUGGCCCUGAUGGAGCGCACUGGCUACGGUAUGGUACAGGAAAACGGUCAGCGUAAAUAUGGCCCUCCUCCUGGUUGGAAUGCUGCAUCUCCACCACGGGGAUGUGAAAUCUUUGUGGGCAAGAUCCCGCGGGACGUUUAUGAGGAUGAGCUGGUCCCUGUGUUUGAGUCUGUAGGACGCAUCUAUGAGAUGCGGCUGAUGAUGGACUUUGACGGGAAGAACCGAGGAUACGCAUUUGUGAUGUACACAGAGAAACAUGAGGCUAAGAGGGCUGUGCGUGAGCUCAACAACUAUGAAGUGCGGCCCGGGCGGCUGCUGGGAGUCUGCUCCUCCGUGGACAACUGCCGUCUUUUCAUCGGUGGCAUCCCCAAGACCAAAAAGCGUGAGGAGAUCCUGGAGGAGGUCUCCAAGGUGACAGAAGGGGUACUAGAUGUGAUAGUUUAUGCCAGCGCUGCAGACAAGAUGAAGAACCGAGGCUUUGCCUUUGUAGAGUAUGAGUCGCACCGUGCAGCCGCCAUGGCUCGCAGGAAGUUGAUGCCUGGACGCAUUCAGCUUUGGGGUCACCAGAUCGCAGUGGACUGGGCUGAGCCGGAGAUCGACGUGGACGAAGAUGUUAUGGAGACAGUGAAGAUCCUCUAUGUCAGGAAUCUUAUGAUGGAGACCAGCGAGGAGACAAUCAGACAGGUGUUCAGCCAGUGGAAUCCUGGAUGCGUUGAACGUGUGAAGAAAAUCCGUGACUAUGCCUUCGUCCACUUUAACUCCCGGGACGAUGCAGUCCUGGCCAUGGACCACCUCAAUGGCACAGAGGUGGAAGGGUCCUGCAUCGAGGUGACACUCGCCAAGCCGGUGGAUAAAGAGCAGUACUCGCGCCAGAAGGCCUCCAAGGGGGCCUCUGCCACUCCAGAGGCUACUCAGCAGAGCUACGUUUACCAGUGUGAUCCCUACACAUUGGCCUACUAUGGUUAUCCCUACAACACCCUCAUUGGACCCAACAGGGACUACUUCGUCAAAGGAUCCCCAAUGAUACAGAACAAUGCAGGUACUGUGCGAGGUCGUGGUCGUGCUGCUGCAGGUAACCGUACCCCUGGACCACGGGGGUCAUACCUGGGGGGUUACUCUGCCGGUCGUGGCAUCUACAGCCGCUACCAUGAGGGCAAGACCAAGCAGCCAGAAAAGCCCUAUGAGCUGAUGCCCAGUCUGGAGCUCGCUGCCUCUGUCAACCCCGUUGGCAUCAAACCUGGCACAAUGGCAUUGCCGACUCUGGGUGGGCAGUACCCAGUGUUCAGUGCGGCUCCUGCCGCCAAGCUGAUGGAGGAGGGGAAGGUGCACACGGUGGAGCACCUAAUUAACCCUCUGGCCAUGCAACACCCUGAACACACCACCGCCACUGCUGCUGCUGCUGCUGCCACUGUCCUACCUACGGUCUCUACCCCUCCACCUUUUCAGGGCCGUCCAAUCACCCCCGUCUAUGCCAUGGCCCACAACGUACAACGCAUCCCAGCAGCUGGUGGUCUGUAUGGAGGCGGAUACGUCCCCAUCACAAACUACGCCGCCAACACAGCAGCUCUGGCCGCUCUGCAGAAGAACGCAGCGGUGGCGGCCGCGGCGUACGGUGGAUACACAGGCUACGCGGUGCCGCAGGCUUUCCCCGCCACAGCCUUCCAGCUGCCCAUCCACGAUGUCUACCAGACAUAUUGAUCGUGAGGGUCAGACCACGUGAGACCGCGACAAAGAUGCCCUGCCUGUGACUGAACGACCACCGCAGCGUGCAGUCUGUCCCAUCGUACAGAAGCAUCACUUGAAAUUGUGAACGUCCAAAAGCUCUAAAGGAAUGUUGUUUGAAGCAAAUAUUUCGAAAACAGUGAAGCAAUGACCACCUGACAUCUCAUAUCUGUCUGACCUGCUGGCCUCAGCAUAUCCUGGAUCCAAGUUAUGCAGCAUCACUGUAAAUUGUAGCACACAUGAAGGACAGACUGAGGAAACCUACGUGUGUGUGGUGACCCCCCUCCCCCAAACAACAAGCAUUACUUAGAAUUACAGUCACGACAACAACAGUCACAACUCUGUCUUUCCCUCUCUGUGUCUGUGACCCCUGCCACCUAGUUGCUACAGCAACAAAAACACUGAAGGUACAUUAAAGUAUUUAUGAAGAGAAGAUACAUAUUUAAAGUUUAUUCUCUGUGGGUUUCUGUCAUUAUUGGGGUGGUUUUUGGUCUCUGAAGCAGGAAAGAUACAGCAUUUACAGCAUGUCUUUUAAAAAAGAAACGUUAAUUGGAGGAAAGUAAAAGUACAACAGGAACUACUGACAAUAGAGGAUACCACUGAAUUCAACUGCUUUUGGAUGUACUAAUGUUUUGGGGUUUUUUUUGGUUUGGCUUUUUCCAUUAAUAUAUAUAGUAUUCUAGCCAGUUCUAUGUGCUGUAGGUGAUGCUGUCCGUCCAUGGUGGUUAAAUGUGUAUGCUUCAAACAUGCCUGUGUGGUACUUUUUGGUUUAUGUAGUUUUAUUCAUGUUUUUGGUUGUUUUAAAUGAAGGUUCUGUGUUCAUUUACCUAUAAUUAGUUUGCUCGUUUUCUCCCAUUUUCACUUUUGGAAACGUAUACUGUGUUGGGGUUUGUUUGAAGAAACGUUGCCAGCUAAAUAAUAUUAUUGUGACAGAUUCCUUGGUGAACAAAUACUAGAGAAAGAAAACUGGAAAGCCUUUUAAUGAUGGGCAACUGAUAGGCAGCGACAUCAUGUACACAGAGAUGUUUCUUAUCCUCAGAAACUGCGCUGACAGGGGACUAAGACUGAACAGAUGCUAGUUGUUUUGUUUCUCAUUUAUAUAUAUCUGUAUUAUUGUUUUUUUUUAUUCUUUGACUUUUGAAAGGUGAACAAAUAUGGACAGAAAUGAGAGACAUUUUUCUAUAUGGACUGGAGCACUCUUGUCACUUAAAGAGCUCCUGCAUUUGCCAUUUCUAUCCGAAAAAACUUAAGGCUACAAACACUCCAGUCGCGUGCUAUUAGAACGAUUGUGCCUGACUACAGUGCCUUACAUCUGCAUGAAGUGUAUGUGCUACCAUGUGCUUUUCACUGUGCCUUUCAUAACAAAGCGAAGCCCCCUGUGGAUGGCACAAAGAGGGACGACUCCCUUGAUAUUUCCAAUUAACCAGUUUUGUGGUAUUACUGUAUUGUGGUGAGACGUAGGUUUCGGUCUCUGCAGCCAGCUGUGACAGGGCUACCUCUCUGCUGUAGUCUCUUCUCCGAAUGCUCCCGCGGUAACACUCCGUAUAUGUUUGUCUCCCCUUCAUUUCUCGUCCUCCAAACUGUGCUUGACCGAGGUGCACUUAAAACGUAUUUAUAAAAGGCAAGAGAUUGCGACUUUCAGAUGAAGAGAUAUUAAAUGCCGAGUAUGAAUUCAUAUGUGAACUGGGCUAGUUUCAGUGUCUGUAUGUGUGACAGAGUUUGUCCUUGUGGAUAAAGCAUAAAACAUCAAAUAACCCUGAUGAAUGUUUAGUAGGCACUUUUUUUUAAACUCUGCAGUGUGUUGAAAACAAGUGUAAUAUUGGACUGGGAAUAAGUGGAGCAAUACCUCACGCUGAAAUAUACAAGUAGCCAUGCAUGUAUGUACCACAACACGCAAACGUGCACACAAACAACGGAUGCAAGCAGCUGCCAAUUAUGAAGUCACACUCCACAACAGCCAUCUCUAUACACAAGCAAGCAAUUUGUAUGCUGGCUUGAAUUUUUAACCAGUUCUAGUAGUUUUGAUUAUUUUAUUUUUUCUAUUCACUGUGUUUUCAGAUUACUUUUUACUGCAUUUUACCCAGAAAACAACACGAGGAGUUUGGCUGUAUGGAUGAUUUUGAGCUUGUUAAUGAGAAGGUUAUGGUGUAAGAAGCUAAAUGAAAAGAUCGAUUAUCCACAGCAAAUAAGGCUUAUUGUUGAAGUCUCAUCUCACUCCAUCACCUAUAUUUGGCUACUGCUUUUAUUAUUUUCUUGUAUGAUGACAGUAAGUCAGGAUAUAUUUAAUAUAUGCAUUACAUGUGUUGUGUAUGAAGUAAGAAGAAAAGGUAUAAUAUAUUCAAAAACAUGUUUCUUUUCUUUAUUUACACCUUGUUUAGGGAUAAAAAGUCAGAGUAACAAAAAGUAGAAAAAAACUUUUUUUUUUUUUGCCAAAGUGUCCAAUAGUUUUUAAAAAAUUCAAGGUUAUUGUGUUUUUGUUAUGUGUUUUAUUCUGUUUGCUAUUUUGAACUGGAUUUGGUGUUAUGAGUGGGAACACAAAGGCCUUCUGGUUCGGCUACAUUUUGUCAGUUUCAACAGCAAAGACAAAAACUGGUCCACUGUGUGUGCUACAACCCAUUGGCACUGUGAGCUGCUGCUGUUGCAACUGUGCAUGUUGGUUUUGGCAAAACUGUUAAGGGUCUAACGGUGAUUUAACAGCCAUCCACACUCCAUGUGUUAGACGGCAGAAAACCUUCUGCUUCUGUCUCCCACUCAAAACACCUGCUUUAUUUCUAUUGCAUUUCAGCCACACUACAGCAGUGGGAUGAACCCCUCCUGCGCCUCGUGUCAGUGGUGUGGAGCUCCGUAUGCCUAGUUUAACAUAGGUGUUACCAUUUAAACUCUUCCUAGUGUGUGCCUUAUUGCCAAAAUGUGCCCUUUGCUAUACCUUUGUAGACCUAUGCAGACUGUUUUCUAUCUGAAGGUUUGUUAAAAAAAAAAAAAAAGAUUGUUCAGUCUUGUUAUAUUUAUAGU